CGACGGUGACGACCUCCCCACGAGAACAUGCCUCUCGCAAAGGAUCUCCUUCAUCCCUCUCCAGAAGAGGAGAAGAGGAAACACAAGAAGAAGCGCCUGGUGCAGAGCCCCAAUUCCUAUUUCAUGGAUGUGAAAUGCCCAGGAUGCUAUAAAAUCACCACCGUCUUUAGCCAUGCACAAACAGUAGUUUUGUGUGUUGGCUGCUCUACCGUCCUCUGCCAGCCUACAGGAGGAAAAGCAAGGCUUACAGAAGGGUGCUCCUUCAGACGGAAGCAGCACUAAAAGCCCCUGGAAUCAAGAUGAAUGGGAAACCAUCCCAAUAAACACAUCUUGGAUAAAAAAUA